AUGCCAUUGCUGCGACAAUGCUGGGACGCGCACACGAGCAGAUCAUCCAGCCGCUCGAGAGAUUCCGCAAGGAUCACAUUGGAGCCGUCAAGGAGGGUAAGAAGAAAUUCGACAAGAAGACUGCAAAAUUCUGCCAGAGCCAGGAGCGCACGCUAUCGCUCUCCACUAAGAAGCCUGAAGCCGUUUUCCAAGAGGCGGACGCGGCGAUGGACAUGGCGGAGCGCGACUUCUGCCAGGCCUCGCUGGAGUACGUGUUCCAGCUGCAGGCGGUGCAGGAGCGCAAGAAGUUCGAGCUGGUGGAGACGCUGCUGGGCUUCGUGUUCGGCUGGUGGACGUUCCACCACACCGCGCACGACGUGCACGCCGACGCCGAGCCCCUCGUGCGCGACCUGCAGCUCAGGAUACAGCGGACGCGCAGCAACUUCGAGGAGACCAGCAAGCAGACCGAGUCGCUCAUGAAGAAGAUGAUGGAGGUGCGCCAGAUGAACAAAGAGGAGGGCAUAUCGGAGGAGCAGGGCGGCGUCUCGCGCGCCGGAUACCUCUUCCUCAUGGAGAAGAAGGCGUUCGGCACCACGUGGAGCAAGCAGUACUGCACGUACGAGAAGGGCUCGCGGCUGCUCUCCCUCAUGCCAUACAACCAGAUCAACGUCAAAACGAGCGGGCCGGUGGAGAGCGUGUGUGUGUGCGGGGCGCGCGCUGCGAGCGAGGCGGAGCGCCGGUUCUGCUGGGAGGCGGUGCCGGGCGAGCGAGACCGCGCCCCCCUCACGCUGCAGGCCCUCGGCGACCGGGACCGCGCCGCCUGGCUGCGCGCACUCGACGCCGCGCCCCCACCCCCACCCCCACACCCCCACCCACACCCACUCCGCCCACAUCGACCCAAGGGGGAGGGCGAUGGUGAAGGCGAGGCGGGCUGCGAGCUGAACGAGGCGGGCUUCACGUUCGUGCGCCGCAUCAUUGCCAUACUGGAAGCGCGCGGUCUCGAGGAGCAGGGCCUAUACAGGGUGGCGGGCGUGGCGUCGAAGGUGGCGCGGCUGGUGGGCGGGGCGGCGGGCGGGGCGGCGUGCGGCGCGGGCGGCGAGCUGGCCGAGCCCGCGGAGUGCGAGAGCAAGACGCUCACCUCCGCGCUGAAGAGCUUCCUGCGCGCGCUGCCCGAGCCGCUGCUCACGCGCCGCCUGCACGACCAGUUCCUCGCCGCCGCCAAGCGGGAGCGGCGCGAGGAGCGGGUGGCGGCUCUGCACGCGCUGCUGCUGGCGCUGCCCGCUGACAACCGCCGCAUGCUGCGCCUCGUGCUAAGACAUCUGCGCAACGUGGCGGCGAAGAGCGACAAGAACCUGAUGACGGUGUCUAACCUGGCGGUGUGCUUCGGGCCGACGUUGCUGCGGCCGGAGCGAGAGACGGUCGCCUCCAUCCUCGAGCUCAAGUUCUGCAACGUGCUCUCCGUUUACCUGGGCACUGUCGUGUCGUGCCGUGAGCAGGUGUGCGAUGCCGUCGCGUGCGGGUCCACAUAA